AGAUGUUUGCCAUUACCGCUCGUCCACGCUUCCAGGAUGCUCGUUCACGCAGUCUUUUUUUUUUUUAACCAUUUGUGCUGUCACAUCAUAGUCAGACACGGAAAUAUAUUUGCAAGGACGAACUGAAAGAUGUGGAAGUCAGUGGUGGGCCACAAUGUGAGCAAGAAGGUGCACGCAGAAGGUGACGACUGGGAGACCGACCCAGACUUUGAGAAUGAUGUGUCGGAACAGGAGCAGAGAUGGGGGGCCAAGACUAUUGAGGGCUCCGGCCGCAAAGAGCACAUCAGUGUUGCAGAGCUGAGACAGACGGUGGCCGCGGAGCACGAGCAGGUGAAGCACCAGGAGGAGACCCCCAAAGCGUCUUACGGCUAUGGGGGCAGGUUUGGAGUAGAGAAGGACCGCAUGGACAAGGUGGCCAUGGGACACGACUACGUGGCUCAGGUGGAGAAGCACAGCUCCCAGAAAGACGCGGCCAGAGGCUUUGGAGGGAAAUUUGGGGUUGAGAAGGACCGCGUGGACAAGUCUGCUCUGGGCUUUGAGUAUAAAGGACAAGUCCAGCAGCAUACGUCACAGAAAGACUACUCCAAAGGCUUUGGGGGCAAAUAUGGCGUGGAGAAGGAAAAAGUGGACAAAGCUGCUCUGGGCUACGACUACAAAGGCCAAACAGAGAAGCAUCAAUCUCAAAAAGAUUAUUCCAAAGGGUUCGGGGGAAAAUAUGGCGUGGAGAAGGAAAAAGUGGACAAAGCAGCUCUGGGCUACGACUACAAAGGCCAAACAGAGAAGCAUCAAUCUCAAAAAGAUUAUUCCAAAGGGUUCGGGGGAAAAUAUGGCGUGGAGAAGGAAAAAGUGGACAAAGCCGCUCUGGGCUAUGACUACAAAGGCCAAACGGAGAAGCAUCAAUCUCAAAAAGAUUAUUCCAAAGGGUUCGGGGGAAAAUAUGGCGUGGAGAAGGAAAAAGUGGACAAAGCCGCUCUGGGCUACGACUACAAAGGCCAAACGGAGAAGCAUCAAUCUCAGAAAGAUUAUUCCAAAGGGUUCGGGGGCAAGUUUGGCGUGGAGAAGGAAAAAGUGGACAAAGCCGCUCUGGGCUACGACUACAAAGGCCAAACAGAGAAGCAUCAAUCUCAGAAAGACUAUUCCAAAGGUUUCGGAGGCAAAUAUGGCGUGGAGAAGGAGAAAGUGGACAAAGCGGCCGUGGGAUACGACUAUUUGGGCCGCACGGAAAAGCACCAGUCCCAAACAGAUUACUCAACAGGUUUUGGCGGUCGCUAUGGUGUGCAGUCAGAGCGUAUGGAUAAGAGUGCAUCAGGCUUCUCUGACAUGGACUCCCCUGCCUCUGCUUAUGAGAAGACACAACCAAUAGAAGCCUCCGGCGCCAGCGCGGGGAAGCUUAAGGCUCGUUUCGAGAGCAUGGCCAAGGCCUCUGACGAGGAGAACUCACGCAGAGUAGAGGAGGAGAGAAGCAGGCGGAAAGACAGAGAGAAGAGCGAGCGAGAGGAAGCCAAACGUGGACAGCAGGUGCAGAAGAGCAGAGAGGCAGCAGAGUGUGAAGUCCCACCAGAGGACGACUCGAACGUGCAAGAAGAAACACAACCACAGAUUUAUGAGGAGCAGCCAGAAUCCGGCGAUGAGCCUCCAGCUUUGCCCCCACGCUCAGACCAUUUCCAGGAUGAACUGCCACCCCCUGUGGAACAGGAGGAGAUCGACGUGUAUGAUGAACCCACGGUGGAGGCUGGAGGCGAUGACUACAAGGAGUACAUCGGCGACGACUACGAGGAAGUUGCCACAGCGCCCCCUGUGGUGGAGGAAAUAGGCGACGAGUACGAGGAAGUUGCCACAGCGCCCCCUGUGGUGGAGGAAGUAGGCGAUGACUACGAGGAAGUUGCCACAGCGCCCCCUGUGGUGGAGGAAGUAGGCGAUGACUACGAGGAAGUUGCCACAGCACUGCCUCCUCCACCUUGGUCAGCUAUAAAUGACUAUGAAGACCUGUCAGGUGGCGUCCAAGCGAAAGCAAUAUACGACUAUCAAGGAGAGGACACCGAUGAGAUCUCCUUCAACCCGGACGACCUGAUCACCAACAUCGAGAUGAUCGAUGAGGGGUGGUGGAAGGGCUACUGCCACGGACGCACCGGCCUCUUUCCAGCAGCGUACGUUAAGCUGAUGCAGUAAACUCCGCUACUUUUAGUCACGGUCUUGAGUGGUGAGGCUCGUAUGGCAACAAAUUCAAUAGGCCUGUGUUCCAGAUAGUUUAUUUGAAGUCUGAGCUUUGUGUGGUUUAAAUGGGAAAAUUGGAAACUCAUCAUAUGAGGAAAACAAGUAGGUGUUUUAUCCAUCCUGUUUGCUGAUAAAAAAUAUCAAAAUAUACAUGAGAACAAUCAAGCCAUUGGUCUGCUCACAUCUUCUACUUGCAUCUGUCCGUACAUUUAUAGCUGCUGUUCCACACAAAUAAAGACAAUAAUAUCCUUA